CAGUGCCUGGAACUGGAUUCUCCAAGAAACCUCUGUGUCGGAGAGAGAUGCGAUGCGACCUCGGGCGUCUGAGAGAAGCUGAUAAAAAGCAGAUUUUGUAGUCCGAAAAGCUCUGCCUUUACCUUUUCUUCUUUUCUUUUUGUAUAGAGGUUGAUGGACUCAGGAUCAUCAUGAUACCAUGGUUGCCCAACUGCUAGGGCUGGCCUUUUUGUUUCUAGCUUGCUGCCCCAUCCCUUCGAAGACAGUGGAGGUGCAGGUCAACCCCAACUGGGAGGUUGUGUACCGGGACACCAACGUGUAUGGAGUGCUGGGCAAGGCGGUGAUCCUGGAGUGCGGCGACACUUUGCCAGACAUAUACAUAUGGAGCUUCACAAAACCGGGGACGGAUGCCAUCAAGGCCGUGGUGUACAAUUUGGGGAAAGGACAGCGGCUCCAGCAGCAGGCCCAGACGCUCGGGCAGCUCUCGGUCAUCUCAAACAGUGCAGCUGUGAGCAUCGAGCAACUGCCUUUGGCCGCGCAAGGCCUGUUCACCUGUCAGGCGUUCUAUGACAUCGAACAGGAGACCAAGGUCUUCUUCUACUACGUGCACCUCACUGUCCGAGUCCCUGUCAGCAAGCCUUACCUCCUGAUGAGUGAUGUGUCCCCAGUGGAGGGUUCUUCGGUGUGGAUGCGCUGCGAUCUGGAGAACGGGACCGGACCCAUCCGGUACGUGUGGCAGCACGAGACGAGCGGCGGGAACGUUUCAGCCUUCGCGCAGGGCAACACCAGCGUCAUCAACGUGACCAACAUCAGCCGCAACCACACCGGCUGGUACCGCUGCGUGGCCAGCAACGCCGUCAACAGCGAGACCUCCGACGGGUUAUGGCUGAACACCUUCUAUGGCCCGGACGUCCCUCGGAUAGACGUUACUCCUUACAGCAUCACAGAGCGGGGAUAUUCAGCCCUGGAGAGAGAGACUGUUUCAUUACUGUGUCAAGCCCAGUCCAACCCGACCAGUCAGUACGUCUGGUUCUACAACAACUCCCAGAUCUACACCGGGCCCCAGUUAACCAUCACCAAGAUCCUCCGCAUGCACACGGGUGACUACGCCUGCAUGGCGCAGAACACCUACCUCAACACCCACUCCAGAAAAACCAUCAGCCUGACGGUCUACUAUGGCCCGGACGUCCCUCAGAUAGACGUUACUCCUUACAGCGUAACAGAGCAUGGAUAUACAGCCCUGGAGAGAGAGAAUGUUUCCUUACUGUGUCAAGCCCAGUCCAACCCGAGCAGUCAGUACGUCUGGUUCUACAACAACUCCCAGAUCUACACCGGGCCCCAGUUAACCAUCACCAAGAUCCUCCGCAUGCACACUGGUGACUACGCCUGCAUGGCGCAGAACACCUACCUCAACACCCGCUCCAAAACAACCAUCAACCUGACUGUCUACUACCCCCCCGAUGGCACCCCCUCCUGUUCUGUGGAGCCGGCUCUGAAUCACACCGCUCUGAGACUGCUCUGCUCCUGGCCCGGUGGAUUACCCUCCCCCUCCCUCCACUGGACAGGAGCCUUGCCCUCUGCGGUGGGACCAGCUAAGAGCAACACCGCCAUCUUGCUGUCGUCCGAAGACCUGACUUCCAACCGCAGCUCGUAUACCUGCCGGGGCUCCCACCUGGCACUCAAACAAGCAACAGAGUGCAGCGCACGCACAUACAUCCCCCCCACAGAGCUGGUCUGUUUUGCCUACGUGACCAACAAUAAUGAGUAUCUGAUGCUGUCCUGCACCUGGGACGGUGGGGCCCCAAAAGCCUUGGUGUGGUGGGAGGGCCCGGGCGUCCAGGGCAAAGGGGGGGAAGAGAACUCCAACAUCCUGAUCCUUCGCUACGGCACCGCCAGCGACGGGAAACCCUACACCUGCCAUGCCAAGCAUCCACUUCUGGUCCAGACCAAGACCUGCAGGCUGACACUGGAGGCUCCGGUACUGUUGACGCAGCGCAGAGUCGUGUCCGUAUACGAGGGGAGUGACGUUCAGCUCAACUGCAACCUGAGAGCCAACUACCUUCCCGUCAGUGAAAUAACCUGGUUCAACAAUCAGGGCGUGGGCGUCAGAGACACCUCCAAGUAUGCCCUGCUGCAAACAUCUGCAUGGGCCAAUCUGACCGUGAGGGACACGGAUGAGACUCAAGACAGCGGGGACUACAGGUGCUCCUCUUCCAACGCAGUGGGAGGAACUGAAAUCAAUGUCACUUUAGUAGUUAAGAGGCACCCCGUGCCACCCAAUGCCACGCUGCUCAACGUGAUGUACAACAGCCGAAUGCGCAACGAGGUGGAGCUAGAGUGGCGGGUAGAGAACGAGGGAGGUGGAGGUUGGACAGGUUUCAUCUUGCAGCACAUUUGGGUGUCAGAAAAACCGGGAAGGAGAGGCAGCAACAACGAUUCAAAGGAGGACGCCGAGGAGAGGGUCGGUGCAGCGGUCUGGUACUCCAACAUCAUCCAGGACCCGGGGGUCAGGGUUCACACAGUCGGCAAACUGACGCCGACCGUGACGUACCAGUUCCGCAUUACACCUGUCAACCACCGCACCGUGGGCCAUCCUUCCGCUGCAAAGACUCCAGCGGAGCCACGCUACAAUGUGUACCCUGCUGUGAUUGGAGCAGCUAUAGGCGGGAUGCUCAUUGCGGCCUUCCUCACGGCGCUGCUGCUCGUCUUCAUAAUCCGAAACCGCAACAACAGUCCUCGACUGCACGACAUGCUGUUUGGUUUGCAGCACAGCCAGUCGAGGGAAAACAUCAACUUCCCGGAGGAUGAAGUGGUAGGCAGGUUGGAGGGAGGAAUAGAGGACAUCAUGGGAUCUUCUAGUCCAGCGCCAGCCAUGGCUUUACCCCGAGCAGCAUCGCCCCUCACCACCUCCCCACGCAGUGCACCCCUCAACACCAGCCAAGCCCCUCCCCCUGGAGACGACAACGAGCCGGUCAGCGUCACCAUCACCGUCAACGCUACAGGAUCAUAGAC